UCGAGAUCACUUGGUGCGCGCGUUCGAGACCAAAAUUUAAGCCCGCAGAAACCCGCGAUAUCUCAGCAGGCCUUGCGGUUGCGACUUCCACGCGCGCGCUCGAAAGAGAUGUGAGCCGUGCCGUCGAAGUUCGGAAACACGCACACAGAUUUGAAAAAUUCGUCAUGCGCACGACGGCGGUUGCGGCGUGACACGGGGUGACAAACGGCGUGUUGUGAGGCGUAUCACGGCGGUAUUUUCACAGACACACACACGCGCGCAAGUGUCAAAACAGACCAGAGGCAGGACUUGAUAUUUCGGAGCAGCAAUGACAGUGGACGGUCGGAGUUGAUGUUUUCGCUGCUGGUUAGCGCGUGUUUGGUGGUGAAAAUUAGUGUUUUAUUGUUAAGGAAUUGGUCAAUUAGUGGCGUCUCGAAAAGUGGUGCGACUCUGGUCCCGCUGGGAACUUGAAGUUGCCGGUGCAAAAUAUAGUAAUUAAAUUACCUCUGUGGUUCACCAAAGUGACACACAAAAAUCGAUCCGUGAGACAAACGGCAUGGCCACAAUCUAGGUCAUACAGUGUCGAAAAGAAAAGUGAAAAGCCGAUAUCAAACGAUUUCCAAGCAAUAGGAAUAGCCCCUAAAUCGCCGCAACAACCGACCAACCAAACCAAAAGUCCAAACCAAGAGACCAAUAACUAAACAAUCAGGAAAAAGUUCGAUCGCGGCAAGCCAUGGAAGCCAUAAUUAGUGCAAUAAAGGACGCCUUUUUGGGCAGCUGGUCCCUUCAGCUCGUGCUCGGUUCGAUCCUGCUCAGCCUGGUAUGGCCCACGUUCAAAUAUUACGCAAAAAUGACCGCCAUCCUGUUCGUUUCGUUCAUGGUGCUGGUGAUUCCGAUUCCAUUGUUCCUGAUUAAGCCCCGGUGGCCACUGAAUGCCCUAAUAUCCGGAAUCGUGGCCUGCGAAUUCAUCCGAUGGCUCGGAGUGGAAUACGAAAUCCGGGGGACGGAACAUAUCAACGUCAAAAACGGCGGAGUAGUCUUGCUGAACCAUCAGAGUGCGAUAGACAUCGUUUUACUAUCCCGCUUGCUUCGCGACUUCCGUAACAUCGUUCCGGUCGUGAAAAAGGAGCUGUUCUACGCGUUCCCCUUCGGCAUCGGUUCCUACCUGGUGGGCGUGGUGUUCAUCGACCGCAAGAACACCGCCUCGGCAAAGGAUGUCAUGAACCGCGAGUCGAUCGCCAUCAAUCGCGACAACCUCAAACUGGCCAUCUUCCCGGAGGGCACCCGCCACGACAAGGACACGCUGCUCCCCUUUAAGAAGGGUUCGUUCCACGUGGCCAUCGACUCGCAGUCGAUCGUGCAGCCGGUCAUCGUGUCCAAGUAUCGCUUCAUCGACCACAAGCGGAAGCGGUUUGGGCGCGGGCGGGUGAUAGUGAACAUCCUGCCGGAGAUUUCGAUGCAGGGCAAAACCAAGGAGGACCUGAACGCGCUGGUCGAGCACUGCCAGAGCACGAUGCAGGCCGAGUUCGAUGCGCUGAGCGCCGAGGUGCAACAGUACUGCCAUCUGUAGGGCGGAUCAAACUGAGCAAACCAAACAAAAAAACAUAGAGCAAUUUCGGUUGUGUAGGGGAGUCCGCAAAGGGAGAUAUUACCAAAACAACAAAACCAAGGACAGGGUCGAACCUUGCCACUUUUCGGGGAGUAGUUUUAGAAUAAGUGACUCAAAUACCUUACUCUAAUGAGAGUAAAAGGGUAGGCAAAGAGUAUUAGAUCGAGUGCGUGCAUGGGAGUAGGGAUGCUCAUUUGAUCUUUGCGCUGCCAAACGAGGUCAUUCUUAGGAGUUUUUUUUUUUUAAUUUUUGCAAACUAUGUCGCAUCGUUAAUCACUAGUCGAACGCAUGUUUUUUCGCAGACAAACAAAAAAAAAAGGUUAGGAAUUGAUACUUAAGGUCUUAAAGUCCAUCCCGUUAGUAGGGUAACGAAUAAAUUUUUAUUGAUCUUGGAAUUGGUUAAAUUAAAGAAAAAGACAAAAACUGUAAA